CUACCAAGCAUUUGUCAAAUUGAGAACGCAGUGUGUGAAAAUGGAGUGAAAAAUAUCAAAUAAAUGGGAAAUAAAUGAGGAAAAUCCAAUGAAAAUUGUGUAAAAAUAAAGAAAAAUAUCCACUUCAACGUCUCAAAUAGAAAUUCAAAGGAAAAUCGAAUAAUUUUAAAGGAAAAACAUAAUUAUUUGUGGCUGAAAAUUUCGUCACAUUUUAAGAGGAAGAAGAAGAAGCAUUAUCAAGGCAACAAGAAGAAGAAAAGAACACAACAAACACAGUAAACAAUGGGCAGAAAAUGCUGUAUUGCCGGGUGCACUUCCACAUCACGCUUGCCGGAACACCAUGGAGUCACAUAUCAUUCUUUCCCAGCAGAUGAAAACACCCGCUCCAUUUGGAUAAAGAACACCAAAAUCAACUCAGAUCGCCAAAUUACAAAAAGUGUUUUGGUCUGUUCCAGACAUUUCCGCAGGGCAGAUUUUCAACCUCAACGCAGUGGAAAAUAUCUGUUGAAGCAGAAAGUAUUUCCCACCGUUUUUCCAUGGGGCAAAGUCGAUGCCGCUCAAAUUGAGGAAGAUUUGGAAUUUCUCAAUUCAGCCACACCAAGUGUUCCACCAACAGCUGUGCUCACGGCCUCUGCUGAUUCCGUGGAUGAAGAUACCAAAGCCACUGUUGCGGCCACUGUCGCUCAGAUAAUGGCCCAGACGGCAGAGCUAAAUGCCGCCGCAGCAGCAUUGAAAAAUGAAAAACCUGGCGAAAAUUUAGACGACUCCACACAUGAUUUAGGAGUUGUAGCAUCGCCGGGUGUAAAAUAUGAACCAGUUACAUCCUUUAAUCCCGGAGCACGUCUUGAAGCUCAAGAUUUUGAAGGUGUUUGGCAUUCGGCCCGCAUCGUAGAGGUGGAUAAUGAUGAUCGUGAGGUUUUGAUAAAAUUUGAAAAAACUGGAAAGGUGAAAUCAACCAUUGUGGGAACCGAAGAAUGGAUUCCUAUGAAUUCAUCACGUUUACGCCAGAAAAUCUCCACAAAACCAAUACCGGUAUUCACUUUGGAAGAGAAAUGUUUGGCUCGUUGGUCUGGGCCGCGUAAAUUCCCCGGCACGGUAAAGAAAAUUCUGGGAAAUGACACGUAUGAGGUUCUAUUCGAUGAUGGUUAUGUGAAAAAUGUUCGGGCCAUUCAUAUGAAUAAGAUUUUGAAUGAAGUCCAAGAGCCCUUGGCAGUAACGGUGCCAGAGUUGGUUGGAGGCGAAACCACUUUGCAACCAUCACCCUCAACACCUUUGCCGGCAGCUGCAGCUUCACCUUCACCUGGUGUAAAACGGGCCUCCACAACUCCAGCGGAUGGCUCCAAGCCAAAGAAAAGGGCUGGAAGUGCGGGACGCAAAGAUUGGCCUUUAUUGGAUUUAUCAAAAUUGGAUAUACCUUCCCUGAAUCUCCCCGAAAUACCCAGGGAUGGUGAGUGGACCUGCCAUUGGGUAAAUGAUCAACCCAUAGGCCGUGAAGGUUUUCUCAUUGUGGGUGAGCAUCGCAAACCCACGGUCAUUGUAGAAGAUUGGCGCCUCCCAGAGGGUUGGGUAAAACACAUGUAUCAACGUUCCAAUGUUCUGGGCAAAUGGGAUGUUAUUCUUGUCAGUCCAUUGGGAAAACGUUUUCGUUCAAAGGCCGAUCUCAAAACAUUUCUGGAAGAACAGGGUCAGGUCUAUAAUCCUGAUAUAUAUGACUUUAGUAUACAUAGACGUAGGGCCAAGGAUAUCAAUUGUUAUGUCUACACUCCGGGCUAUGUGCCACAGCAACCACCCAAACCAAAAUCAUCAUUGAAUUUCGAUGUCCCUGUGGAGAAUAAACCAUUAUCGACGCUAGAGCCUUUGGGGACCUCAGCCCCCUCACCAUAUAUGGAAACUCCCGUGGCAGAGCCAUUGCCACCAAUUGAGUUGCUGACAUCAACAAGUUCAGCGGCGGAUGAUAAAAGUGUGACCCAGGUUGGUGCUGAGGUACCAAAACAAUUAUUGGAAUCCGCUGAGAUGAGCUCUACACCUACUCCCACAAAUACACCCACAGUCGAUUUGAAAGAGGAAAUUGUAAGUGCAACUGGAGAGACAGCUGCCGCACAAACAAAUGUUCCAGAAUCAACAGGUCCUCAGGUGGAAGAUGGCUAUGCACUUAUCGGAGGCCUUAAGGUACAGAUUGUGGACAAUCUUUUCCGUUGUCCUGAUGAGGGAUGUUCCAAAAAUUUCCGCAAAGAAAAUCAUCUACAGAUUCAUGUCAAACAUUAUCAUUUGAAUUUGGCCAAACUCCUUGGUUCCUGUCCCAAAAUGCAGGAAUUGGCUGAAAAACGUACACGCCCCACAGACCAUGAUGCCGCUGAACCUACACCAAGGAAUCAAAUACCCAAUCAACAAUUCUUUGCCAAAUUACAUCAACAAGAUUUAGAACAAACCCGUGCUCAUCGCAGAAGUAUUGGAGUAGUGAAGCCGCAAAAUAUGGAGGCAACUGAAAAUGUUGAAAAUCAGGUCAAAACUGAACCAGGAGAUCAGGUCACAACAGAAGCAAAUACCAGCACAUCGGCAGCCAACAAUUCUACCUUGGAGAGUUCAUUUGCCUCAACUACAGCAGAUGAUUCUUUGGGUAAUGUCGAGGCGAUGGCAGAUGCUCCACCUCUUUCCAAGAAAUCAAGAUUUUCACCAUCGAAGCGUACUCCCGGGGCGAGGAAAAGUAAUCGUCAACGUACCACAAGGAAAUAUUUGACGGCGGCCCAAGCCACAGCUAGCCGGUCAAUGCAGCAAAACACUAGCCACACUUCCUCGACGGGAGUACCACCAACUACAGGGGAUUCCAGUUUUAGUGGUGUGGCAGAUUUUGAGGAAACUCGCCACUCAUUCAAUGCCACUCCAGAAAUAAACAAAGACAACAAAAAACGAAAACCCAAUGUGGGCAAUACACCCCUUAGCAGUGUGGAAUCUCCCAUUACAGCCGAUUCGGGAUCAAGCUCUCUUCAGCCAAUGUCCAAUAACGAUGCGGCGGAAAAUGCCACACAACAAUAUAUCAAAGAAAACGGGGAAAUCAUCAAAAUUGUACGCAUGCGUCAAGAGGAAAUUAUCAAUUGUCUGUGUAAAUAUAUGGAAGAGGAUGGUUUAAUGAUUCAGUGUGAGCUAUGCUUGUGCUGGCAACAUGGCCAAUGUCAUGGCAUUGAAAAUGAAUCACAAGUACCAGAUAAAUAUGUCUGCUAUACGUGUCGUAAUCCUGAAAAGGGACGUUAUUCAAUGCAAUUUAAACAUGAUCAAGAUUGGUUAUAUGAGGGUAAAUUACCUGCGGCCAAUUAUCACACACAAAAUCAAACGUUGCUGAAUAAGCGGGCAGAUUAUCUCAAACGUACCCAUGUUUUGACGGGUAACCUUUUGGAACUAAAGAAUUUCAUGCAUUCCCUGAAAGUCAAAAUCAACAUUGCCAACAAUAAAUGUCAUCCUAAAUUGUAUUUGUGGGCCACAAAAUGGGAUGAUGAUUUAGAGAUGAAAGAGGAAAUAAAAAGCGAGGAGGAUUCCGAGAAGAAAUUCGAUACUGAUAAUAAACUCUGCUUAACUCCCAACUCGAAGAAGAUUAAAACUGAGCCAAUGACGCCAGUCAAACCCCCUAUACCCAAUAUACCACAACCUGAGGCUCCCAUUGAUGGUGGUGAAUGUCAACAACGUUUGCAGGAACACAUUAAAAUACAACAAACUUUGGCAAUGCAACGUCUUAGUGAUAUUGAAUCUGCCAUAGAUGCCUUGGAACAGGAAGAUGAUUUACCUGACCUGCAUGAUGCCGACUUGGGUACCACCAAAGAUGUUUUGGCCACCUUUAUAAAAGAUCUGGAUACCAUGAAACAAAUUGCCAAAUUGAAUGCAUUGGAACACACGAAAAUUGCUCUGAAGAAUGCGGUGCCAGCAGUUUAAGUGGUUUAGAAUUUUAUUAUUUUUUUAAAUACGUUAUGUAUUUUAUUACGUAUAUUUUAACAACAAUUUGUUUUAUUUUGUUUAAAAAAAAUUGCUUUUUAAAAGGCAAAUUUUAGGUUACUAGUUUUUAGAGCUUGUUUGAAUAAAAAAUGGAUAAUGAAUGUCACACAAAA